AUUAAUUCAUGACAUUGGCAGACAGACUACAUAUUAUUCAAAAUUUAUAAUUUUGUCUGAAAAAUUAAAUUUAAUAUUGUAAUGCUUUAAUAUAUCUAACACUAUUCAAAUGAAGAAUACGCCUGAGUAAAGCCUUGAAUUAUAAAACAAUUAAAAACAAUAAAACAAAUUUCCUGUAAUAAAAAUGAAUAAGCAGUUACAUAAUAAUGAAAGACAUGAAAAUAAGGGGCUAGCAACGGCGCCGACUAAACAGGUCUCUAUGUGCUCUCUUAUUAUUUGGAAUAUUUCCAAAGCUCUUGAAAAGAAGCCCAGCAUGGAUUUAAAGGAAGCCAUCAUGUCUACGUACAAUCGUGUUGAAUGUGAGUCAAGUGAGAGUAACAUUGUGUCUGAGCCUCCGGAGUUUAGACAUUUGAUGUGUGCAAUGCUCGCGUGGCAGCAGCUAGGCCACAAGGACGCCGAUGGCCUAUAUCAAUUUUUCGUUGAGAAUAAACCGGUUAAGGGCACCACCCAGAAUUCAUCUAGUACAAAGAAAAUUAAUGCCGUCAAAAAAACUGGCGGUUGUGUGAAGUUUCAACCUUAUGUUGACCAUAAAUAUUUCAAGAAUUCUAAAAUUGGCAUCAACGAUUUUAACACCAGCUCGCUGAUGGGACCAGUGAUCAAGCUACCAGUUGAAACAAAAAUUGUAAUGCGCAUGGAAAAUUCUACUAGUGCGCGCCAAGGCCCAAUGAAACUACAGAAGGACAAAAAAGAUAUUAUGAAAAAAAUUGAUGAUGUAUGCUGUCAGGACACUAUUUGUGUAAAACGUCUAUCGGAACUAGACAAUGCUGUAAUGGAACUAAGAAACCGAGCUUCAAAACUAGCGAGGAGGGAAGCUGAACGUGCUGAACUUUUAGAGCGAGCUGAGGCUGCUUGGAAGGAUUUAGAACUUGGCUACCAGCGGCGGCUAAGUCUAGCUGAGGAAAAGGAAGACGAUAUGAUAAAACAAAUUAAAAAGUUGAUAGAAGAACGUAAUGACUAUAAAACAGCGUGCAUGAAUAUGGCAAAAACCUUAAAGGAGCGAGGUGACAAUGCUGAAACUGAUCGUUACAAACUGGCCGAAAUUGAAAAAGGCAUGUGUGAUAGAGCCUGCACACGUUUGCAGCUUAGCGAAGAGUCAGCACGUGGAGAUUCUACCUUAGCUGAACAGUUAUGCCGAAUAACACAGCUCGAUAGAGAUCUUCAAUUCAAAGAGGAACAGGCUCGUCGUAAUCUAUUGAGUUUAGAGAGUGAGAUUGAUUCUGAGCGAGGGUUAACGUAUGAGGCUGAGAAAGCAAUGCGUUCUGAGCUUGAAACGCUCAAGAAACAGAUGUCGCAGGUGUCUAAACAGCUGUUACAGGAAGAAGCAGAGAACAACACUAUUAAGACUGAGCUGGAAGGUUUACGUAAAGAAAAAUACGACAUGAUCGAAGAUUUGGACGGUUGUAAGGUUAUGUGUGACGGUCGCAUGCAAUGUCGAAUAGACGAGUUGAAACAGAAGAGAGAUCAAUUGAAUGAACUUAAAGAAAAGGUGGUGGAUUGUCAAUGUAAGGUGCCACAAGACGCCGCUGUAGAAGUGAAGCGCACACCUUCUUUGGCUGCACUUUGUUAUUGCGCUCCUGAAGAUAAAUUUUUGGAGUCCUGUUCAUGUACAUCACUUCGGAGCCAACUGUUAUCUAAUUUGCUGGCUGACCUCUUUGGAGGACUACAAUCAGAAUUGGGAGGGUCAGGGUCCUUGAUGCCUUGCCAGCUUUUAAAAUGCCUGGAAGAUAGACAUAACUGGGAUCGUACGAGUGUUGUUAAGACAAAUUUGCUAAAAUUUUUUGGACAAUUACUUAUCGGGGAGUUGGAUAUCGCUAUUGCUACUUCCAUUGAAAAAUAUCAUGCAAAGUGGGUAGGUGCUUGUUGCGCUGAUCAAGCUAGAGUCAUACCUGACCCUGGGAAUACUGCACAAAACGAAGGCUGGCAGGAACGAGCCAUAGAGCGAAGAGCUCAGAAAUUGGCUUCCCAACUUGCUGAAGAUCUGUUCAAAGAAAGAGCUGAUCAACUGACGAAAAAAGCAAAAGAAGUAAUAAAUUCUGGACCUCCACCUUGCGAAUGCAAACCUCGAUCUCCGGCAGUCUUUCAAUGUUUGGUUAAGCAACCAACGAUUAACAAUUCUCGUAAAACAAAUGAUAAUGCUCCGUCCUAUUUGAAACGGACAAUGCAAGAUGUCACCCAUCUUCGAACUCAAAUCGAAGACUUGAAAAAGGAGAGUAUUAAGAAGGAAGACUUACGCAAGAUGGAAGAGAAAAUAACCAGGAUGGUUGGACGAUUUGCGAAAUCUGACAACAAUUCAUCUGUGAAUAAAAAUAUUAAACUUUUAAAGGAAGUAAUAAACGAUGAAACGAGAGACAAGUUUAAAAUAUCUGGCGACACAUUACCUAGUCUUGAUUCUAAUUUUAAUAAGAAAAAAGUGCCGGAAGGUUACAGAUUUAAAAAAAACAUCAAAAACUCGCUAAACAACCAGAGGGGACGUAUUGAAAAACAUUCAAGUAAAGUUUUUAAGAAAAUAGAACAGUCAUUUGCCGUUAAUUUAUGUUUAUGUGGUGAUCAAAAUAAAGUCAAAAAACAAGAAAUAAGAAUGCUCAAUGAGCCGUCAUUAAAACUUAAAAAAGGAAAAGAAAUUUUGCCUAAGACUUCUACUAUAAAGCAAACAAAACCAAUAGGUUUACCGUCAUCCCCGGAUCAUAACUUUUCUGGUAUAAGUAAAGAUUUAACUCAAUCUAUAUGCCCAAGCGAUUGUGUUUGCUUCCAUAAAAUUCCAUCAAACACGUCAAUCGAUAAACUUCUAGAAACUCUUAGUAAAUGGAAAGGUGAUUUAGGAAAUAUGUCGUUAUACGCUAAUAAAAACAACAUUUCUAAUAUUACAACUACUCAGCAGCUACUAAGUGGUCCAAUAAAAGAGAAAUAUAAUUUAGAUUUUAAUAUAGGAAAUGAGUCACCAGAGGUACUAGUAAAUAAUAAUAUAUCCAAUAGUUUCAAUUUUAUGGAAAAAAAUUCAACUGAAGAAGAUAUACGCAAUAAAGCUACUUCUUGUGAUAAUGCUUACCACAAACGACUGAAUCCGAAUACAUAGGCGGUUAAUCUAGAUAAAAGCAAUGAUAUUUUUUCCAAAAGCAAUAUAAAUGGACCUAUGAAACAGGUUGAUGGCAUCGUUGGGACGACACCAUUACAUUAUCAGUGCUUGAAUACCGAUUCCUGUAAAUGUAAAAAGUCGGUUCCAUUGAAUCAUAACAAAAUAAUACAUGAUAAUGUCAAUAACAGUUUUCGUGAAACAAAAGAUAUAUUUAAUCAGCCCGCGGAAACUAUUGACCAAGAUAUAAAAUUUGUGGAUGCCGAUGAUAAAUCUGUUAUUUCUCAAAGCAGUAAAAAAGGUGUAGCGGUUGGCGGGGAUUCAUUUAUUAAAGACGUUGUAAAAAAAUCUGAUUUAUUUCCUUGUAGUUGUGAUUAUCGCAUUAAAUUCCUAGGUGUUACUCUUGGGAAUUCUAACGCUAAUAAGAACUUAAAAGAGAAGCAGGGUACUCAUGAGUUUCCUUUAAAUUAUAUAGAUAAAAGAAUUGAUGACAAAUUAAAUAAAAAAAACAACCCUCUUACAAAUUUCCACAAAGAUGUCAAGUAUAAUUUACGAUGUGGCUUAAAUUCUUGUAAAUAUGGAAAUCAGUUAUUAGAGUCUUUAGAUAAUUCAAGAGGUCACUCAAGCCUUUCCCCUGAUAUUACCGACAAAACAGAAGAAGGUGAAUGUAUUUGUUGUGGUAAUAUGGAUAAAAGCGAAUUGGAGCUUAAUGUAUUUAAUUUAUUGGAAGAACACUUAAAAGGAAAAUUCGACGAAUUUAGGCGUUCCCUGAAUGAAUCAGUCUCUCUGCAACCAGAGGAGGAAAAAUAUUUAUUUUUAAAUAUAAUUAAUAAAGUAAAAAAAGUUAUAUCCGAGAGCACAGGAAACUUAACCUGUAAAUGUGUUAAAGAUAAAAGAAGUGAAGGGAGUUGGUCAAGGGUGUAUGGAUUAUUACAAGAGUAUUUGAAAAUCAAAUUAAAAAAAGCACAAUGCUCUUGUAUUCCAGGAGAGAAAGGUGCAGAAUCAGUUUUGCCUGGUAUAAUGGAUAAGGUAAAUAACCUUAUUGAAGAAGAUUUUCAACGUUUACGAGAUAAAUGUGGACAAAAUAAAAUAGAUAACAGCUCGUUCGAAAUUAAAAAUAAUCAAGUUACAAAAAGUGUACAAGAAUGUAAAGAUCAAAAUGAAACUUUUGUGCAAUUUGAUGCUAGAGAUAUUAAUUAUCUUAAAGAUAGUUCGUUUCAGUCAUCAAACAUAAUUUAUUUUAAUAAGUCUUGUGAAACCAUAGACAACAAAUUAUUUCAAGCCACUACAUCGGAGAAAGAAAAUUCUUGUGAUCUCAACCGAGUUUAUGGAACACUCUGCAAUUGUAGACCAAUUUUCAAUGAAUAUUCUCCUUUACAUAAACAUGCAAUUGUAAACCAAUGUGCUAAAAUAAUACCAGUUCAAGAGAAAGAAGUAUGCAGUUCAUUGAAUAUUAUGGAUAGAAUCUCUUCUACGGGUACUUCUAUGGAAUUGUCCACAGUUCCUAUUGAAAAGAAAGAGGUUACUGAGCAACCUACUAAUUUAAAACCUUCAUAUAUUGGUUACACAAUAAAUUGUUCAUGUGAUCGCACACUAGGCAAUUGUCGUUGUAGUAAAUCAACCGUUGAAACUAAUAGUAAUCAAAUUAACUUUAUUUGGAAAUCUUUAACAAAUGAUAUAUAUCCCAAGAAAAUGUCGUACAUUAUGCCUAAAAUGAUAACUAAUAUAAAGUCUGAACAUAUAGUUGCAAACAGUCCUUAUAAUACUGGUCGUGAAAAGAACUUGAAAUAUAAAGAUGAAGGCAAAGAGUGUUGUGACACUGACAUUAGUACGACUUAUAACGAGGAUAUCACUUUAAAGGAUUCUCAGGACAAAUAUACGGGAGCAACAAAAGAGGUCUGUACUUCUAGUAAUAUUAACACAGGGACAAAUUUAAAUCAAGAAACCAUUUGGAACAUUUGCGAUAAACAAUCUUUGAACAGUAACAAAUACAGUGUUGAUUCCAAUUAUGAUAAGAAAAAACUCUUUGAUUCUUUGUUUUUGCCAUCAGACAGCUAUUCAAAAAACAAUUUUGUUGAACAUGUAGAUGAAAAUUAUGAUUCAGAAACCGAAAAAUGCAGUUGCAACAUGGUUCCGAUUUGUCAUGUUAAAAUGUUAGUUGAUAAUAUUGAAAAAAAGUUGAUGAACUCAAAAUGUACCUGUGACGCCUUACAUCCACAAGCAUGCCCGGUGCAUUAUAAACAGGACUAUUUUAUAAUGACUGGCAGUAAAGGCCAAGUUGGUGGAAAUGUUGAAAAAAAAAGGUAUAAACCCAAUAUUAUAUCGAGAAUCUUUUUAUGUUGGGUUUGUCCAGUUCUAUAUAAUGGUAAUAAAAGAGAUGUGGAAGAAGAAGAUCUUGUUAGGCCCAACAAGUACUAUGAUUCUAAAUUUCUCGGUGACACUUUGGAAAAAUACUGGUUGAAAGAAUGUGAACAAGCGUUGGCUGGGAACCGACAACCAUCUUUGUUAAAAGUUCUGAUAAGAGCGUAUGGCUGGAAGUUUUUUGCUGGAACAAUUUUUCUCACUAUUUACUUAACAAUGGGUAUUAUUCAGCCUCUGUUGUUCAGCCAAUUGCUAACGUAUUGGUCGUCAACUAACGACCAAGCCAUAAAUCAGCGAGAGGCUGGAUUUUACGCUUUAGGCAUGUUGUUGACGAAUAUUGUGGGAAUCAUCAGCCAACAUCAUAAUAAUUUAUUUGUGAAUCGAUUUGGCUUAAAGGUGAAAGUUGCCGUUUCUUCACUAGUUUUUAGGAAGAUGUUACGAAUGAGCCAGGCCUCUCUUAGCCAAGUAGCUGCAGGGAAGAUAGUAAAUAUUAUGUCCAGUGAUGUUGCUAGAUUUGAUUAUGCCUUCAUGUUUCUACAUUAUUUGUGGUUGGUGCCAAUUCAGGCAGCAAUUAUAUUGUACUUUCUUUAUGACGUCGCUGGUUAUGCACCCUUUGUCGGUCUCUUUGGUGUUAUCCUUCUGGUCUUGCCUAUACAAGCCGGCUUGACUAAACUAACAGCGAUUAUAAGACGGUCAGUCGCCCAACGAACGGAUAGCCGUAUCAAAUUAAUGAAUGAAAUCAUAAAUGGUAUCCAGGUCAUCAAAAUGUAUGCCUGGGAGAAAUCAUUUCAAAAGGUUGUCCAAGGCGUAAGAGCCUUCGAAUUAGUUGCGCUAAGCAAGGCUGUUUUUGUCAGAAGUGUCUUUUUAGGAUUUAUGAUGUAUUCCGAGCGGACUAUUAUAUUUAUAACAUCUCUAACUAUAAUUCUCACCGGCGGAAUGCUAAGCGCUGACACGAUUUACCCUAUUAAAUCAUUUUUAGGUAUAAUACAGAUAAAUUUUACUUUUAUGAUGCCCCUAGCUAUUGCUGGUUUUUCAGAGUUACUCGUAUCAUUACAGCGUAUACAGAGCAUUCUUGUUUUGGAUGAAAAGGAAGAUAUAAAAAUCUUGCCACAGGCAAUAUUACCCGUUAACGGCAUCUAUAAAAAGUUUUCUGCUACUAGUGAUAUGAACACAAUUUCAGUAAAACAUUCGCCGCCACUGGAGGAAGCUAAAUCAACAGUAGAUUCGUAUGUGCCACAUGAAAAUGAAAAUGACAUAGAGCUUGCCGAGGUCAAUGCAUCUUGGAUUUCAACCAAAAAUCCUCAAGAAAUGACUCUUAAAAAUGUCACUUUCAAUGUGCCGAAAGGAAAAUUGGUUGCCAUCGUUGGGCCUGUUGGUUCGGGAAAAACUUCCUUAUUGCAUGUAAUACUUCGAGAAUUACCAAUAUGUAACGGAAAUCUUAAUUUAAACGGAAGCAUAUCUUACGCUUGUCAAGAAACUUGGUUAUUCCCUCAAACUGUUCGAGAAAACAUUAUUUUUGGCUUACCUUAUGACGCACAAAAAUAUAAAAGGGUGUGCAAGGUGUGCUCGUUACUUCCCGACUUCAAGCAGUUUCCUUAUGGUGAUCUUUCGUUAGUUGGGGAAAGAGGUGUCUCUUUAUCUGGAGGUCAGAGGGCGAGAAUUAAUUUAGCUAGAGCAAUUUAUAGAGAGAGUGAUAUAUAUUUAUUGGAUGAUCCUCUGUCAGCUGUGGAUGCAAACGUUGGAAGAAUGCUCUUUGAGGAUUGCAUACAAAGAUAUUUAAACGGUAAAACGCGUAUUCUUGUCACUCACCAAAUACAUUUACUGAAACCCGCCGACCUUAUAAUCGUUGUUGAUGAGGGGUCUAUUAAAAAUAUCGGAACUUACAAUGAUUUAGUAAAAUCUGAAAAGGUAUUCUCAAGUUUAAUGGAAAGCAAAGAAGAAAAAAUGGAAAAGGUUGAAGCUAGGCCACUUGUAAAACAUAGUGUAUCUAUGAUAUCCGUUAGAAGUGAUGAUAAUCCGGAAGAAGAAAGAGAACAGAUCCAGGAAGCUGAAGAACGAGCUAAAGGAACCUUAAAAUGGAGCGUGAUUGCACAAUAUAUGAAAAGGGUAGAGUCUUGGUUCGUAGUCUUCCUAACAAUAGUUGCUCUCCUGCUAACGCAAACUGCUGGAACCAUCAGCGAUUAUUGGCUUAGUUUCUGGACAAACCAAAUUGACGAAUAUAUAAGAUCUCUUCCAGAAGGUAUUCUACCAGAUCCUAGUUUGGAAACACAAAUUGGACUCCUAACAACUGGCCAGUACUUGUGGAUUUUUGGUGGUUUAAUACUGUUUAUAAUUAUUAUGACACACGUUAGGAUUCUAGCUUUUGUUGUACUAUCAAAAAGAGCAUCCCAGAAUCUUCAUAAUGUAAUGUUUAAGAAUUUACUAGCAGCCGUGAUGAGAUUCUUUGACACAAAUCCUUCAGGUCGUAUCCUAAAUCGUUUUGCUAAGGAUUUGAGCGCUAUGGAUGAGAUCUUGCCACGUACGCUAUUUGAGGCUAUUCAAAUGUAUCUGUUUGUGAUAAGUGCUCUUCUCUUAAAUGCUUUCGCUCUUCCUUGGACUCUGAUACCCACUUUUAUUCUAUUAGGAGUUUUUGGAAUUUUACUUAAAUGGUAUUUAAAUGCAUCGCAGGCGAUCAAGAGAUUAGAGGGCACAACUAAGAGUCCCGUGUUUGGUAUGAUAAAUUCGACACUGUCUGGACUUACAACUGUUAGAAGUUCAAAUUCUCAAAACAUGUUGCUAGAAAAAUUUGACGAUACUCAGGAUCUCAAUUCGCAAGCAGUAUUCACAUAUUUUGGCUCUUCAGUAGCUUUCGGUCUAUAUUUGGAUAUGUUAUGUCUUGUCUAUAUGGGAGUCUUAUUUGCUACCUUCAUCUUGAUAGAUUUUGGGUAUCUGAUCGAGGUGGGAAGCGUAGGUCUGGCAGUGAGUCAGUCUAUGAGUUUGACAGUUAUGUUACAAACAGCAGCUCGUGGCACAUCAGAGUUAUUAGGAACGUUGACGGCUGUGGAAAGAGUUCUCGAGUACAGCCGUCUACCCUCUGAAGAAAACAUGGACGAUGGUUCUCCACAGCCAAAUAAUUGGCCAUCAAACGGGGAAGUGUGCUUCGAAAAUGUUACUUUGAGAUACGGACCUGAAGAUCCACCCGUUCUAAGGAAUUUGAACUUUGUGAUACGUAGCGGGUGGAAGGUUGGCAUUGUAGGAAGAACAGGAGCUGGAAAAUCAUCAUUGAUUUCAGCUCUCUUUAGACUUUCAAAUAUCGAGGGUAGUAUUAAAAUAGACGGAAUAGAUACUGUUUGUUUAUCAAAAAAGGAUUUAAGAUCAAAAAUAUCGAUCAUUCCACAAGAGCCGGUAUUAUUUUCUGCGAGCCUAAGGUAUAAUCUGGAUCCCUUUAAUAAAUACAGCGAUGAUGAGAUUUGGAGAGCAUUGGAACAAGUGGAAUUAAAAGAUUCAGUACAAGCCUUGGAUUUCCAAGUAUCUGAAGGUGGUGCAAAUUUCUCUGUUGGUCAAAGACAGUUGGUAUGUCUAGCGAGAGCCAUCCUGGGCUCCAACAAAAUACUGGUCAUGGAUGAAGCUACAGCUAACGUUGAUCCUCAGACUGAUGCUCUAAUCCAGACGACGAUAAGAAAACAAUUUAUCUCAUGCACUGUAUUAACCAUAGCUCACCGGCUUAAUACAAUUAUGGAUUCUGAUAGGAUUUUAGUCAUGGACAAAGGAGAGAUUGCGGAAUUCGAUCACCCUUUCAUACUCCUAUCAAACCCCCAAAGUCAUUUGAACUUUAUGGUCAAAGAAACUGGGGAGUCAAUGAGUAAUCAACUUUAUGAAACAGCAAAAACAAAGUAUUAUAGUCACAGUGACGCGAUCUCUAAGGAUAAAUAACAGUUCGUGUAUAAAAGUUUGAUAUUUUCAUAAUAAAACUCUUAAUGAAUUUAUAAGAAUGCAAGAGAAGUAUCUUUGUAGUUCCUAGUUACAAGAACAACAGAGAUACAGUUAUUAUUACUAUUUACAGUAUUUGAAGUUUACAAUAUAAAUUAUAAAAUUAUGAAUGAUAUUAAAUACGAUUAACUAAAAAACAUCUUUUGACAUAUUUUGUUCCAUUUGCGAGAUCGAAUGUGAUAUUGUAAUGUUAUGAUGUGAUUAUGUGAUUAUAU